AUGCUGAUAGUUUUAAUGCAUUGCAGACUGAUGGCUAUAUUCGAAGCAGGAAUUAUAACAAAAAUGACCGAAAAUGAAUACGAGAACUUAGGAAAACAACAAAAAAUCCAAGUCCUAGAAGUGCCCGAAGGCGAUAAUCCUGCAUCGGACCCAGAAACCAAAAGAUCAAUCAAAUCCAGCGAAGACGAUAAACUAAAACCUAUCAACUUGAAAAUGCUUCAAGGGGUUUUCUAUUUGCUGUUCAUCGGCAAUAUUUUUGCUGGUUUAGUUUUGCUAAGUGAGAUAUCUCUGAGUAAAUUUUAUAAAAAUUCCAAAAGAAGACCAAAGGUGCAACUGGCACAACAUAGAAAAAUAUGCAAGAAAGUUCGUCAUUAUUUGAGAUGCGUGAGAAGACGAUUUGUCCGCAUGUAUAGAAAUUUUAGACAUGAUGCAUUUACACUAACGCUGGAGUAUUUGGAAUAGCUGGAACCAUACGUACUGUAUCCAUUUAAUCGAUGUUUUAAUUUUUAUAUGUACUGCAAAAUGUUUAAAUAUUAAUAAACACAACCUUAUGGUCCAAAUAAUUCCCUAUCUUGGAUAUCAAAGGAUCCAAACAUCCAUUGAUAGUCUUCUACGUUUAUAUUAAAUUGUAUCCAUAAAUGUGACUUGUUUAGCAGAUCUAGAAGAUUGUCUCGGUUCAUGUUACAAAAGUGUCAUCCACAUACGG